AUGGCUCUUGGGUACCCCGGUCUCCACCAAAACACCGCCCCGGGGGCUCUUUGGGGUGCCCCCCCUGCUCGCUGUGACCCCUCCCCAUUUACUGUGACCCCCCCCAAUUUAUUGUGCCCCCCCCCAGGUGCCCAGAGCCCCCCCGCCAGCAAGAAGCCGCGGGGCCGCAGCAUCCUCCAGUCCCUCUUCUGCUGCCUGUGCCGCGAUGAGGCCGAGCCCUUCUCCGUCAACAACAACGCCCCGCUGCUGGCCGAGGAGAACGGCGCCCUGCCCAAGGCUGCCGCCAAGCACCUCCUGCCCGAGCUGAAGCCUCAGGACGCCAGCAAGCUGUGCGUGGUCAUCGACCUGGACGAGACGCUGGUGCACAGCUCCUUCAAGCCGGUGAACAACGCCGACUUCAUCAUUCCCGUGGAGAUCGACGGCAUCAUGCACCAGGUGUACGUGCUGAAGCGGCCGCACGUGGACGAGUUCCUGCAGCGCAUGGGCGAGCUCUUCGAGUGCGUGCUCUUCACCGCCAGCCUGGCCAAGUACGCCGACCCCGUAGCCGACCUGCUGGAUAAAUGGGGGGCAUUUCGGGCCCGGCUGUUCCGCGAGUCGUGCGUCUUCCACCGCGGCAACUACGUCAAGGACCUGAGCCGCCUUGGGCGCGACCUGCGCCGCAUCAUCAUCGUGGACAACUCGCCCGCAUCCUACAUCUUCCACCCCGACAACGCCGUGCCGGUGGCCUCGUGGUUCGACAACAUGGCAGACACGGAGCUGCUGGACCUGCUGCCCUUCUUCGAGAGGCUCAGCAAGGUGGACGACGUUUACACAGUGCUCAAGAAGCAGCGGACUAACAGCUAGUGGCCCGCGGGACGUGCUGGUGGCACUUCGGGGGGGGGACAGGGUUUUUUUUAUCCCCCCCCCCCUCCAGCCCCGCUCGCCCUCCCCGUCUCCCCUUUCGCUCGCCGCCGCCGCUGCGGUGACGGCCAUCAGGAGCUGGGUGCUCCCUUUCCAAGCAGAAAGGGGGGGCCCUGGGGGGGGUCCUCUGCCGUGCUGUGCUGGGGAUGUGCCGUGGGGGGGGGUCCGUCCGCCCCCCCCCGCCUCCCCUCUCCAUCCCGUGCCCCCUCCCCGAAACGGUUCUCAGGUCCUGUUCUCCACCGUGGAGUGGGGAGGGGGGGGCAGCAGCUGCUGCUUUCCACUGCCUUGGUUUUUUUUUGGGGGGGGACUGUGCCCCCCCCCCAUGGGGUCUGCCUGCCGGGGGGGGCUGGGUGAGGGUUAGCCCCCGACCCCCCCCCGAUGUGGGUCCUGUUGGUGUUGGGGCGCGGGGCGGCCGCCAUGCCCCCAGCCCUGCCCUGCGUGAUCACCUGGGGGGGGGGGGACACGUCUCCACCCCCCCCCGUGCCUUCUGGUGCCCCCCCACCUCUUCGGGGGGGAUUUUUAGGGGGGGCAGCCCGGCCUCUGGGCUGAGCCCCUGGCUGUAAGCGCCCCCCCCACGUGCCUUGGGACGCCAAGUCUCUGUGUGUCCCCCCCCCACCAGCAAUAUAGGGGUGCCUGCCUGGGGGGGGGCUCCUAAAUCACCCCCUCCAACCUCAGUUUCUUCCCCUGGGGGGGUCUGUAUGGCGACCUCCCCCCCCUCCCAGUUACGCUGCAUCAAUGGGAGCCCCUCUGGCCACCAGCGGGGGUGUCCCCUGCCUCGGGGGGGGGCCACGUGCCCCCCGUUCCCAAACGGCGCCCCCAAAGGCUGUGACUCCGGGGUUGGGGGGACCCCAUCCAAGCCUUAGCGUGCCCCCCGGCCCCCCCCCCGGCCUUACACCAGCCUCGGGCCCCCCCUCACCCCAGCCUCGAGGGGCCAGGGGCUCUCAGGGAGGGGGUGUCUCUUUUUAUUAUUAUUUUUUUUUUUGGAAAGGGGGGGGGUGCGGUUUUUUAGAGUCGCUAUAUGGACAAUGUCUCGUCUAUUUUUAGGGGGGAAAAAGCAACGGUUUCCCCAAAAUUCAAGGGUGCCUUUUUACCGCUGUGCCAGGGCAAAAAGGGGGGGCCUUUUAUAUUUUAUUUUUUUUUUUUUUGGGGGGGGGGGGGGAUAAGGGAUUUUUAA